UAUGCACAUAAUGAGCUCGUACAAUCGACAUCGAAACAAUCACCUUCGAUAUUACGAUUCACAUAGUCUACUGGGCAUCCAUAUUCUCGAAUUGGUCUGCUUAGCUGCUUAUCCCCGGCUGUCGUAAAGAUCUAUGACAACCACAAUGGCGACUUCGGGUACCGAGCACCUUCCUGAAUCAGGCAGACAUCAUCUCAUCGCAUCGGCGGGUAUCGACAAUGCCGGCUGCUGCAAUUCGGCCCUGCUUCUCCAGGGCAAGCUCGCAAGUAGCCCGAUUUGCGGCAUCUGUCUGGAUGUCUUAUUGGCGAUCAACGAGGAGUCCCUUGAGGAACUGGAGGUCGUGGCAUGGAAGAGCUGCGGGCAUCUUUAUCAUCGAUCUUGCAUAGAAGAAGCGUUCGGCACCUUUCCGCGAGCGACUACUCACAAUAAAGAAGCAGAAGAGGGGGAAGAACCUGACUACAAAAAGUUAUGCCCGCACUGCCCGAUGUGCAAAGCGCAGGAUGACGCGUGCAUCGCUAGCCUCGACUUUCAGAAGUACUGUGAUCCGGUGAUGAGAGUCUUUCUAGCUUCUAGUCCUGGUACAGAAGAAGUUAGUCCAGUCACAAUUACGGUAGAUGGAGAAGACAAGGCCCGAUUCGACCUGGCCCAUGUGGCUUCCAAGCUGGGAACCGACAUGAAGGUUCUGAAGGAUCUCAUCGAUGAUGAGGGAGAUGAAUACCAAGCAGGGGUGAUCGACACAACAACCCGGAUUCAGAAAGAGCAGUUGAAUACCUUGAUCAAGAAUCUGAUGAAGCUCAAAUCCGAGGGUAUACUUUCAGAUAAGAUCAACGAGCUCAGGAGAACGGUGACCGCGACGGUAAACCCGAUCGCAGAAAUCCUACAGUUAAGAAAGGAUAACGCCUCUCUUGAGAAAGAAAAUGCGAAGCUCAAGGCAGACAAGGUCGGGCUUGACAAGGAUAUCGUCGCACUGGAAGCCUCUGCGAUAGACAGAGAAGGGGCUCUGAGAGAAAGCGAGGACCUCUGUCGGCAUCGAGGCGAAACCAUUAAGAAACUGGAGACUGAAUUAGGGCAGCUCAAGUGGGAGCGGGCGGAGGUCAUCCGAGUUAUGGCAAGCGAGAAAGCGACUCGGGGCUUACUGGAGACCAUACCAAAACCUACGGGGAUCCGGGAUAACGACGGUGCAAGUUCUGUUGAAAGGGAGACCGACAAAUCGCCGGUCAUUCAGCUGUCGAUCGACUCCCGAGUCGAAUCGCGCAUAACUGUACAAUCCACUACAAUCGUUCACGGUGACCGCGCCAACGGAAGCGGGAUUUAUGGGCAAAGUGAGAGUAGGCCGCUCAACAUUCGCCUGCUCGGGAACGGUGGCACCUUCGAGAUCUCGGUGGAUGGGAAAGGUCACUUCGACAUCCAGGAGCAAGACGAUACGCCUAGAAAAAAGAGGAAAGCUUCGGCGACCGAGGUCGCAAGUGCUCCCUCGAACAAGCGGAAGAAGGGAUCGCAUGGAUCUAGGAGCGGGUAGAAAGAUAACGACAUGGAGCGGAAGUCGCAAGUUCGGCGGUACGAAGGCCCGCAUUAUUAGCCGAAGAGAUCGAAUAAUGAAUGUCUCGCGAUAGCGCGAACGCGGGGCUUCGGGUGUAAAAU